AUGGAAUUGUCAGAAGUUCGUUGUUCCAGUGCGAGCGAAGAGCUUUACACCAUUAACAAAACUCCCGCCAGCAACAACACCACGAGCGGGAGCCGACCCAAACGGUUGUUGUGGCAAAACGCGGUACGCCACAUCACCGAGCAACGGUUUAUCCACGAGCAUCACAGCAGCCCCAAAACUGUCUCACCAGACCAGCCUCACGGGCAGACCUCACGAAAACAGUCCUCGGCUGGUAGAGCUUCGGUGGGAGACCGACACAAUAACGGGGGCACCAAAGUCUUCCCCGAGCGCUCAAGCAGCGACCUGGGCUUCCUACAGAUCGACUGCGCGCCCAGCAACUCAGAUUUCUUCCUCAACUGGGGCUACACGUACAGGGGGGUAAUUUUUCCCACGCUUCGGAAUGCUUUUAAAUCCCGUGACUUGGAGCGCCUGUACCAGCGUUAUUUUCUCGGUCAGCGGCGCAAAUCGGUAGUGGUCAUGAACAUUCUGGACGUGGUAACCAAACUGACGUUGCUGGUGCUCCACCUAACUCUCGCGUCAACACCUAUGGACCCGAUUAAAGGCACGCUUUUGGGCUUCUUCACGGGCAUCGAGGUGGUUAUUUGCGCUCUGGUCGUGGUGCGCAAGGACACCAGCUCUCACGGCUACCUGCAGUACAGCGGAGCGGUCACCUGGGUCGCCAUGGCGACACAGAUUCUGGCCACGGGCCUCGGUUAUGGGUUGCUGGGAGACGGGAUAGGGUACGUGCUGUUCACGCUUUUUGCCACCUACAGUAUGCUUCCACUGCCGUUAACCUGGGCCAUUGUGGCGGGACUACUGACCUCUGCCCUCCACAUUACGCUGCAACUACUUCUGAACCCGCCUUCACACAUCUCCACCAAUCAGCUGGCUGCGCAGGCUGUACUGUUCCUCUGUAUGAACACGGCUGGUAUGUUCAUCAGUUAUCUGUCCGACCGAGCUCAGCGCCAGGCCUUUCUGGAGACACGGCGAUGCAUCGAAGCCCGACUGCGUCUGGAGACAGAGAACCAGAGACAGGAGAGGCUGGUGUUGUCUGUGCUCCCACGGUUUGUGGUGCUGGAGAUGAUUAACGACAUGACCAACGUGGAGGAUGAGAACCUGCAACACCAGUUUCACCGCAUCUACAUCCAUCGCUAUGAGAACGUCAGUAUUCUCUUUGCUGAUGUUAAAGGAUUUACCAACCUGUCCACCACCCUGUCAGCACAAGAGCUUGUGCGGAUGCUAAACGAACUGUUCGCUCGCUUUGACCGCCUGGCACACGAGCACCACUGUUUGAGAAUAAAAAUUUUAGGGGAUUGUUAUUACUGUGUAUCUGGUCUUCCUGAGCCCAGACCAGACCAUGCCCACUGCUGCGUAGAGAUGGGCCUCAGUAUGAUCAAAACCAUCAGGUAUGUUCGCUCCCGUACGAAACAUGACAUUGACAUGCGGAUUGGGAUCCACUCUGGCUCUGUGCUGUGUGGGGUACUGGGUCUGAGAAAAUGGCAGUUUGAUGUUUGGUCCUGGGAUGUGGACAUCGCCAACAAACUGGAAUCUGGAGGAAUACCAGGGCGGAUUCACAUCUCCAAGGCGGCGCUGGACUGUCUGAGCGGGGACUAUGAGGUGGAGGAGGGCCAUGGAAAGGAGAGGAAUGAUUUUCUGCGUAAACACGACAUUGAGACGUACCUGAUCAAGCAGCCGGAGGAGAGUCUGCUGGCGCUCCCAGAGGACAUCAUGAGGGAGUCGGCCGGACAGGCGGACAGACGCCCGUCCACCGCCACCUUCACCGAGGGCACGUGGAGCCCAGAGCUACCCUUCCACAAUAUCGUGGGCAAACAAAAUACCUUGGCAGCCCUAACAAGACACUCCAUUAAUCUGCUCCCCAACCAUCUCGCCCAAGCUUUGCAUGCUCCUCACUCUGGUCCAGAGGAAGUCAAUGCCCGUAUUCAGAGCGCCAUAGCCCUGCGGAGUGGGGAUAAGUUGAGGAGAGUCCAUAUAAGACCUUUCUCACUGAUGUUUAAAGAACCACGUCUGGAACACAAGUAUUCCCAGAUGAGGGAUGAAGUAUUCAAAUCCAACCUCGUGUGUGCCUUCAUCGUACUCCUCUUCAUAAUUACUAUACAGAGCCUGCUACCCUCUGCCAGGAUGGUAACCAUGGUGAUUCAGUUCUCUGUGCUCAUCUUGCUGCACUGUUGCCUUGUUGUCGUGACUACGGCAGAGGACUAUAAGUGUCUGCCGCUGGUUCUGCGUAAGGCAUGCUGCUGGGUCAACGAAACAUACGCUGCACGCAACGUAGUCAUCUUCCUGUCAAUACUCAUCAACUUCCUGUCUGCCAUCAUCAACAUGUUAUGGUGUGAUUUUGAUCAAACAAGCUCCUUCAGGAACCAGACGUUUAAUGCUUCAGCUUCAAUCCCGGACAUCUGUCUCUACCCCGAGUAUUUUGUGUUUACGGGCGUGCUGGCCAUGGUGACCUGUGCCGUGUUCCUGAGGUUGAACUCUGUUCUGAAGUUAGCUGUUCUCUUGUUGAUGAUCGCCAUCUACUCUCUCCUGACGGAGGGGUUCUACACCUCCCUCUUUGUCCGCUACGACACCUUUCACCUAAGCCAGAGCAAAAGCUUCUUGGGAACCAAGGAGACCUCCCUGCUUCUGAUGGCCAUGUUUCUUCUGGCUGUAUUCUACCACGGACAACAGUUGGAGUAUACAGCGCGUUUGGAUUUCCUGUGGCGUGUCCAGGCCAAAGAGGAGAUUAACGAAAUGAGAGAGCUGAGGGAACACAAUGAAAACAUGCUCCGGAACAUUCUACCCAGCCAUGUAGCCCGACACUUCCUCGAGAAAGACAGAGACAAUGAGGAGCUGUACUCUCAGUCCUAUGAUGCAGUAGGAGUUAUGUUUGCCUCCAUUCCUGGUUUUGCUGAUUUUUACUCACAAACUGAGAUGAACAAUCAGGGGGUUGAGUGUUUGAGACUCCUGAACGAAAUCAUCGCUGACUUCGAUGAGCUGUUGGGGGAGGAUCGUUUUCAGGAUAUUGAGAAAAUAAAGACAAUUGGCAGUACAUACAUGGCUGUGUCCGGACUGUCCCCUGAAAAACAGCAAUGUGAGGACAAGUGGGGUCACCUGUGUGCCUUGGCUGAUUUUGCCCUGGCUCUGAAUGAGAGCAUCCAGGAGAUCAACAAACACUCCUUCAACAACUUUGAGCUGCGAAUCGGUAUGGCCCACGGCUCUGUGGUGGCCGGUGUGAUUGGGGCGAAGAAGCCCCAGUAUGAUAUCUGGGGGAAGACGGUGAAUCUGGCCAGCAGGAUGGACAGCACGGGCGUGAGUGGAAAGAUUCAGGUGCCCGAGGAGACGUAUGCCAUCUUAACCGAACGCGGCUUUGCCUUUGAGUACCGCGGAGAGAUCUACGUCAAAGGCAUCAGUGAGCAGGAGGGAAAGAUUCGCACUCACUUCCUGUUGGGUCGCAUUCAGCCCAACCCGCUCAUCCUGCAGCCCCGAAAACUCACGGGUCAGUACUCACUGGCCGCCGUGGUCCUCGGCCUCGUUCAGUCUCUCAACCGUCAAAAACAGAAGCAAAUCCUCAACGAGAACAAUAACUCAGGCAUCAUGAAAAGCCACUACAACCGCAGGACCCUGCUAGCACCCGGAGGACCCGAGACCAGUCACGCAGAGGCUGCAGACAAGACUGAGCUGUCCUAG